GCACCGUCCGAGCCCGGCGCGGCUGGUUCGCCGCCCCGGCCCAGCUCACGGGCCCCCUGCGGCCGCUCCAGCCCCCGCCCUGCGAGCAGCAGCAGCGCGCUCCGCGGGGACCGGAGCAUGCGGACCGCACCAAGUCUCCUGCAAGCGGCGGGGGGGGGGCAAUGCGUGGGGCGGGGGGGGGGGGCGCCGAGCGAGCGUGUUUCAAGAGGACGGAGGGGGGAAACGUUCGGAAAGAUUCUCCCGUCCCCCUACGCUCGCAGCCCUAAUGGUCCGUUCCGCGUGCUCUAUUUAAUCCCCCGCUGCAGCAGCCGCCCUGGCUUCAGUCAAUAGCAGGUGUCGUCGCUGUCGCGCGUGGCCGUGGGCGCGGGCCGGACGCUCGCUCGCUUCCCGCGGGGCUGGGCCGUGGAGGAUCCCCGCAGCCCUAGAGCCACCAUGCUGCCGCCGGCGCUGACGCUGCUGCUGCUCCUCGGCUGCCUGGCGGCGGGCAGCGGGACCCUCUCGCAGGACGGCACACCGGCCGGAGAGAGAAUCCCUGCCGGCCUGGCAAGCAAAUCAACAGAGGAGAUUGCAGAAAUUUAUCAGGGAGCAAGCACGAGUGCAGCAGCAGUUGCUUCAGACACUGAGAGCCAGCCCACGACAUCUGAUGAGACGGUGGUGGCAGGUGGCACCGUGGUGCUGAAGUGCAAGGUGGAAGAUCCCGACGACUCCUCACUGCAGUGGUCCAACCCAGCCCAGCAGACGCUCUACUUUGGGGAGAAACGAGCGCUCCGGGAUAACAGGAUCCAGCUGGUGAAGUCCACACCCAACGAGCUGGCCAUCAGCAUCAGCAACGUGGUGCUGGCGGACGAGGGCGAGUACACCUGCUCCAUCUUCACCAUGCCUGUGCGGACGGCCAAGGCCCUCGUCACCGUGCUGGGAAUCCCCCAGAACCCUCAAAUCUUUGGCUAUGAGCUGCCCAUCCGAGAGACGGAGAUGGCCCAGCUGACGUGCCGAUCCUCUGGCAGCAAGCCAGCUGCCCAGCUCCGCUGGAAGAAAGGCAACAAGGAGCUGCAAGGUGGGGCCCUCGAGGUGAUGGAAGAUUCCAACGGGAAAACCUUCACUGUCACCAGCCGCGUUGAGUUCACUGUCACCAAAGAAGACAACGACAUGGAUGUGACCUGCACAGUGGAUCAUGAGUCCCUGCAGAACUCGGAGAGAUCCGCAAGCAAGAAACUGCAGGUCUACUUUAAGCCAACAGCAACGAUCGAGCCGGACCCCCCCUACCCCCGGGAGGGUGAGGAGCUGCGGCUGCAGUGUGAAGUCCAGGGCAAUCCGAUCCCCCAGGAGUUCCUGUGGACGAAGGAGGGCAGCGAUCUUCCCCUGCGUCCAAACACCAACCGUGUCCUCACCCUCCCCUUCCUCAACAAGAGUGACAGCGGCACCUACAUCUGCAUGGCCACCAGCACUAUGGGUAGCGUUGUAGUGAGGUACAACCUGGACAUCAAUGAUUUUUCCCAGCUCCCCACCCCACAUGUUCACUCCACUCCAGCCCCUUCGUCAGGCCCUUCCCAGUCCACCACUCAUGUUACCAUGGCUACUGCUUCAUCCUUCACUCCAGUCGCUGUCCAAGAUGCCAGCCCGAUGUCUUCCUCCUCUGGCACAUACCAUGCUGUGAUUGGUGGAGUGGUCGCAGUCAUUGUUUUUCUGCUACUCAGCCUGCUCAUUGUCCUGGCACACUACCUAAUCAGGCACAAAGGUACCUACCUGACUCACGAGGCCAAGGGAUCAGAUGAUGCCCCGGAUGCUGACACUGCCAUCAUCAAUGCUGAGGGAGGCCAGGCCAGUGGCGAUGACAAAAAGGAAUAUUUUAUCUAGGGGUGCAGGGUGGAAAGAAGAGAAAUGGAGCCAACAAACCCAGAUGGAAAUGGAAACUGGACCACAAACCCCACUCAACCCAACAGAUUUUCUCUCGUGCCCUGGAUGGAUGGACGAAUAGAGGGAUGGCGGGACAGAGACCAGAGAGUGACCGGCUUGACUCAUGAUGCUUCUCAAACUUGUAUAAAACGUUAUUACUAAAAACAUUGAAAGCCCCACCCCCAUUCGCUUGCUUGUACCUUCAUACCCACGACCAAUACUCGCACUAAACACACAGACAAGCCAGUGAGUGAGUGACACUUUCCUUCUUUCCUUUGGCCCCUUUGCUUUGGUUUUGUGGAUGCUCUUUGCUUUGGUUCCUUGGGUUGGAAUGUUGGGGUGGGGUCAAUGUCGCUCUUUCCGUUGCUGCUCUUCAUUUUGGUUCCAUUUACACCCAAGGAUAAAAUCAGCCCUCAUGGUGGCUGCCUGCUGCCAUGAGUCUGGGCAGCCUGGGAUGCCCUUUCUGUUGCUUGCAUUUCCCACCCGAGAACCAGGGCCACGAUUCCAUUGUGUUCCCCCAUCCUUGGCUCCGGCAUGGUGUUCUGAGCCAGACCUGUGGGAAUGACCCUAGGCAGAGGAUGGGAGGCAGUGACAUGGGGUCUUUCUCUGCCCCACAGCAGCAAACAAGCCAUGAGAGCCCAGGGGAAUGUCCAGCGAGAGCGAGGAGAUGGGGUAGCCACCCAGCCCGGCUCCUAUCCAGAGGGAUGUGCCCUCCCCUCAGCGAGAUGGGGAGGGAGGCAGUAUUGCUGCCUCAGAGAGCCCGGCACACCCAGCCUGCUGGGGCCCUGCACUGAUUUUAUCCUUGGAGGUUGUGUCUGACAAUGUUCAUCUGGGAGGAGAACUGUCCUGUGUGAUACAUGUACAAAGGGGAGCCAGCUGCCAGGUGGGGAGCCGCUCAUAGGUUCCAAUCCCCACUGACACCCAAGGAGAGAGAUUCAAAUGCUGCAAGGUGACUUGCAGUGCUCAUGCAUGGUUCCAAGAAAGGCUGUAAAGUCUCAGAUUGGAGCCAGGACAAUAACCCAUCUGUUGAGAUGCUCAGUUCAAGGAAACCAUCCUUGUGUAUCUUCCCUGUGCCAGGGACUGAUGGGCACAGCAAGGCCCUGGCGAGCCAGGUGACAGGGGUAAGAGUGCCCUGGCCCUCCAUGCUGCUGUCAUGCCUUUCCUGCUCUCUGACCAGUCGACCUGCCCCAGCACCAAGGCCCAGGGAGCAUUUGGAGAUAGAAACCUUGCUAUGAUCACAGGUGACUUGGCCAAGGGGCAUCUUUCUUCUAGGCCACAAGUAGCUGUGCAGCCUCAUUCCCACAAACCAGCCACCCAGAAUCUGAAUCAUUACAGCUCAGAACCUGACAGGGCGCUGGCAACCCCAGCUAAAGCCAGGGGAGGGAAUGAGCUUCAUGGCAGACUGCACAACAGCCCAGGAAGUGUUCUCACAGGGGCUGAGCUGCACGUGGUGGGGGAAAGAGUGAAGUUUGCUCAUCAGACCUCUCAGCUUUGGGAACCGUAAAUUCAGUCAGGGAGCUCCCUCCCCAGGCAAGAGCCUGAGAGCAGUGUCUCUAGCCACAGGGCUGUUACCUGUCGCCCACUCUCCAGAGUCAUAGCCCUGUUCCGUCUAGAGCUCGCAUGGCCCUCACCUGCUGUCGCCACCUUCAAAGAGCACACAGCAUUCCCCAUUGAAGAACCCCAACCCAGUCCUUGAGAUGGGCUCUGCCAGACAGCCUGGGAAAUGGGCGAGGGACUAAGUUAGAGCAACCAAACUAUGGGGCGGGAGAGGAGGGGCUCAGCUGUCACAGCCAUGCUGGGGGUUCCUCUGAUUCCCCUCUGGGGUGUUCACUGUUAUCAACUCCCAUGAUUUUAUCAAGAGUCUCCUGAGAUUUGGUGUGUUUCUCAAAGCCCCAGCUCCUGGAGUCUUGUCGGACUAGAUGGUCAUAAUGGUCCCUUCUGACCUUAGUAUCUAUGAAUCUAUGAAUAUCUGAGCCUCUCAGCCUUCAUUUUUUUAAAAGUACAUUUCUAGCCCUCCUGGUUGAAGAGAAAAGCUGGAAAAUAUGACAGGAAUGUGGCCUAAAGGCUGCAAUAAGAGAAGGCAUAUCCCCCGUCCCCACCGCCAAAUUUAGAAUUUUUGAAAAUCUCACAAUUCUUCAGCCAGUCUCAGGAUGUUGGGGAGCCUGACUCAUUGCUUUUGAGCAUGCAAGGCUGGAUCUUGGCCCCUGCGAUAGGCAGGAGCGGUGUGGCAUCUGCCGGCUGAGUGCAUGAGAUGGUGAUCAGGUCAUCAGAGAGCCACCUGGAAAUGAUUUCUGUCCGUUUGCUUUACCUGGCCCCUUCCCGGGGGGCUUCUGUAAUUCUCACUGGUGAGAUGCUGGGGAAAAGCAGGAACUGGUGGUGGCUGCUGCUCCUUCCAACAGAGGCAUGACAGCAAGUGCUAGCAGAGGGGCCUGGCCAAGGGCAAGGUUGUGUGGGCAGCAGAAACUGGACACAAGGGCUGACAGAGGCCGUCUCACCCCUGGGGAACAGGGAACUAAGACCUGGACCCCAACCCCCAGCACCCAACGUACAGGCUUCCAACAAGAGAAGCAAAAGGCUUCUCUUCACUGUGACAGACACUAACCCACACACACAGAGCCAGUGCCCCACGUGCCACUUCUCUUGGCACAACUCAACACCAGCCUCACAAGCCAGGCUGAGUCCCAGAACCAGGCCUCAGGCUGUGAUAGCUCCAUACACUGCUGGGAACAGGCACAAUUAUGGUGUAACUCACCCCACCCUGCAGAGCUAGGCUUUGGCUCCUGGCCCCUCAGGUUCCAAACUAUGGGCCUCUGCCGUGGGUCCAAACAGCAUCUGUCCUCUGCAUGGGGCGCAGGCCCAUGAGGCCUCAUCAUGCAUCCACCUGGUCUGCAUGGCGCAAGCUGAGCACUCCAGCCGCCUUGAAGAAUCUCUAAGCCUUCUCACAGUAGCCAGGUAGGGUCAUUGCUAAAUGCCUUCCUAGGCCCUUGGAAUGUGACUGAGUCUCCAUGUGCUUUCCUGGGGUUCCCUGUUCUUCCCUGGGGCCCUGACAGGCCUGGGCUUCGCUGGGACCCUAACAGGCCUGGGCUCCCAUGUGGUUAAGAUGGGCCUCGGGAGAGUAACAAAGGGCACUGGGCAGCAGGCAGCCAUGGCUCUGUGUAAGCAGUGUCUUUCCCAGGAGCUGUGUGUGUGAAAUGAGGCAACCCAAGAUGUAAGACAUGAUCCCCCUCUCCUGCCCAGGGGUUUAUACAGGUCCCACCCCUCCAGUGCAUGGCUGUUAUAGAAUGGUCCAUGUCUUAUAAACAUGGGACUAGCAUUUUCCAAGCCUCUGAGACAUGGGACCAAGUAGAGACCCAGCUGUGGGUGUGGCAAGGAAAUGGGAGGGCCCACAUGUCUAGUGGGAAAAUCUAAACUUCCCCUCAUGCUGUGUAUAUGGGAGGCAGGAGAUACAGCCUUUUAGUGGCUGUGAGCCUGAUGAGACACACAAAUUCUUGAGUAUGUGGGAGCUCUAGGAUACAUCACCACUGCAGUGGAAGUUAGGGAAUUAACCACAUCCCAAGGGAGUGCAAGUAACAGGAUUCAGCAUGUCUUGUAUGUAUGAGAGUGCCAAGAUACAUCCAAUCUCUAGCAUGUGGGAGUGAUGGGAUACACCAUGUCUCAGGUUCGUAGGAGUUAUGGGAUGCACCGUGUCUUAAGUGUGUAGGACUGAUGGAAUACACUGUGUCUUGUGUGUGUAGGGCUGAUGGGAUACACCAUGUCUCGAGUGUGUAGGCGUAGUGGGAUACACCGUUUCUCAAGUGUGUAGGACUGAUGGAGUACACUGUGUCUUGAGAAUGUAGGAGUGAUGGGAUACAUUGUGUUUUGAGUGUGUAGGGCUGAUGGCAUACACCAUGUCUUGAGUGUGUAGGACUGUUGGAGUACACUGUGUCUUGAGCGUGUAGGAGUGAUGGGAUACACUGUGUCUCGAGUGUAAAGGAGUGACAGGAUACACCGUGUCUUGAGUGUGUAGAAGUGGUGGGAUACACUGUGUCUCGAGUGUGUAGGAGUGUUUGGAUACACUGUGUCUUGACUGUGUAGGAGUAGUGGGAUACACCAUGUCUCGAGUGUGUACCAGCGAUGAGAUAUACUAUGUCUCAAGAGUGUAAUAGUGACAGUAUAUAUCACAUGUCCAGUGUGUGGAAGUGGCAGGCUAAACCAUGUCUUGCGUAUGAGAGAGUGACUGGAUACACCUGUUCUGUGUAUUAGUGGUGGGAGUUCUGGGUUCAGCCAGGUUAAGGUUUUUAAAAAUCUAGCAUGCUGUUAUGACAUUAAACCAUCAUUUGUGGUUUGAGGUUUUGCAUCAAGUUGGGGCUUGUGAUUUCAUGUAACAAGCAUCAAUAAUAAAACCACUGAACCUUGUAUAAAACACACAGCAAGGGGAAACACCAAAAGUAUGGCCACAGAGAGUGAUUUUAAAAAGUUCCUUUAUUCCCUUUCCAUUUAUGUGCACAAAGUUGUAUAAAGGGAAAGGUCCUUGUCUGAGAGCCCUUGUGAUCAGUGCAGGAUGUCACCCUGCCUCGGAGGGUGGGAAGAUCAAGCCUGGGGGAGCAACCAGACAGUUCUGUCUCAAUUGCUCUCCAUCUCAUUUUCAUUUUUGGAAAAGUCAGUAUUAUUCUUGAGAGGAAAAGUUUAAUCAUGUGAUCAAUGCGGUGAUCUCUGCCUAAGUCUGUAGAGAGCCUGAAAUCAUAGUGCUGAGGUGUGAACUAUCCCUUUCAUUUCAAUGAUUGUAACUCUGAUGCCAGUGACCACUAUUUCACUGCUCAUGAAAGUCUGGUGUGAAUGGAGGGAGCUGAUACUGUUAUGAAGAUCUUUAACAUUCAAUAUUGAAUAGAAAUCAUUCCUUAAAAUAAAAAUGUAAGGACAUGAUUUACAAUAUGAUUUCAUUUCAUUUCAUUACAAAUCUAAAAGCUGGGCAGGGCAGGGUGGGGGCGCCCUAGUGAUUUCAUUUUCAUGGGGUGGCAAGGGAAGGCUCAGCUUUCCAAAGUUCGGGGAAUUCUGCUUCAGAGUGUAAUCAAUGUCUUUCUGGAGGGAAAGGGGAAUAGAUUAGUUACAGACUAUAACUCGUGGGUUGCUGUUGAUAAAAUUGAAGUCUGAUUCUUUUUAAGACAAAACAAGGCAAAACACACAAAGAAAGAAAGAAAG